UCAUAUGAGAACCGGAAGUGAUGCUGAACUUGUUGACUGUCGCUCUCUGCGUCUCUGGCGUAAUUUCCAUAUCUGAGCCAGGGAUUUGGAGAGUUAAAUAUGAUAAAGAGAAGAUCAUUUAUGCUUUUCAUAAAAGCAUGUACAAGGGAACCAACAUAGCUGUGAAAGUUGACUGUCAACAAGCUGCAAAGAGUAAAGGAAAGACAAUGCUGACCAUUGAAUGGGUGUUACGAUACUCCCCAUGUGCUGAGGAGUUUACUGGAGUGGAAGAUGAUGUGAGUAGACAAAUGGUGUACUUAAACUCACCAGAAGCACAGCAGAUCCAAAGCAACCCAUAUACAAAAGUAGAGUACAUGAAAAACAGAACCACACAUGACUGUGAGAGUACUUUCUUUUGGUUACCAUUUCAACCCAGUAAACAAGAGACAGUGGAUGCAUAUGUACAGCCUCAAAAUGCUACAAAAACAGAGAAGGCAAAAAGUGAGAAAAAAUCCAAAAGAGGUGCAAUAAGUAAUGCAGUAAAAGCACAGCCAAGCAAAUCUACAGUAUCUCCAACUACAAAAGCUGCUGCUGUUACUACAGCAGCACCGCCACCACCUCCAGGGGAGAAGGACCGACCAGCAUUCCAAAGAACCUGGAGAGAUGGCUACUUUGUCUUUGUUAUGAGGAUUACAAAUUCAGAAACUGCAUUCCAUGCAGAAGUGGACGUGGAAAUGUAUGGAGAGUAUGGAUUCAUUUCUGCUGUGGAUAUGCCCCUCCUAAUUUUUUACGGAGUGAUGGGAAUUGUAUACAUAAUCUUUGGACUAAUGUGGUUAGUUCUGUUGGCCUGUAGUUGGAAGGAUCUCUUGAGAAUUCAGUUCUGGAUUGGUGGAGUUAUUGUCCUUGGCAUGCUGGAGAAGGCAGUCUUUUAUGCUGAAUAUCUAAGUAUCACCACUCAAGGCCAUUCAGUGAGAGGAGCUGUGAUCUUCGCUGAACUGGUUUCUUGCCUCAAAAGAGCCCUGGCCAGAAUCCUAAUCAUUAUUGUCAGCCUGGGAUUUGGAAUUGUCAAACCUCGACUUGGUACCACUUUCCACAAAGUUGUAGCCAUGGGAACCGUGUUCUUCAUUUUAGCCUCAAUAGAGGGUUGUAUGAGGCAAUUGAAGCCUAAGGAAGAUAAUUCGACAGAUACAAUGUUAGCACUAGUGCCAUUGGCUGUCACUGAUGCCUCAAUAUGCUGGUGGAUAUUCUCCAGCCUUAUACAAACUACCAGAACCCUGCGCUUGCGACGAAAUGUUGUCAAGCUCUCACUGUAUAGACAUUUUACCAAUACUCUUAUUUUUGCUGUUCUAGCUUCAAUUGCUUUUAUGAUCUGGUCAUUUACACAGUAUAGAUUGAAGACAUGCAUAACAGACUGGAGAGAAAUAUGGGUAGAUGAGGCUUUCUGGCACCUGUUGUUCUCUGUGAUUUUGUGUGUGAUUAUGGUACUAUGGAGACCCUCAGCUAACAAUCAGAGAUAUGCAUUCUCUCCCCUGUUGGAUGCUGCUGAUGAAGAAGAAGAGGAAAACUUGAUGAAUGAUGCAUUUGAUGGAAUGAAAAUGCGAGGAGUGAAGGGAGCAGCAAAUGGAUCACCUAAAAGUCGAAAAAGUGUGGAUGAAGACUUGAAGUGGGUGGAAGAAAACAUUCCAACAUCACUCACUGACAAAGCUCUUCCAAGUCUCCUAGAUUCAGAUGAGGAAAUGAUGACAACCAGAUAUGAAGUCAACAAGAUGCAGUGAUUAUCUCUGCUGGAAAUGUUUCAUAAUAAAUAUAUAGAUUUGUUAUCCUCAAUCUGAUGAUCUUGCAUCACUAUAGACUGUCUGAGUAGGGAACAUGAGAGUUGUGAACUGAUAUUGCUUGACUAUGACUGAAAGUUUAACUGUGAUGUUGCUUGUGUAGAAUGCUUUAUCAGACAAAAGAAAAUAAGAAAAGAUGGUUUUGUAUUUAUAAAUUAAGUUAAUUCACUAGGAGUUGUUUAUUGGAAUGUUUGUUAUUUCUGGUUUGUACAUGCAACAAGGGAUUUAUGGUAUAAUUUUUUUGCAAUCGGUGAGGUGUAUGUUAUCAGGGUGAUAACUUGCACUUCUGCUAUAUAUAUUUACAUUUAUCAUUUCAUUCAAAGUUGGGUGUGAUUUUAUUUCUUCAAAAUUCAACAUUUUAAUCUUGUAUGUGAUGUGAUGCUUUAUUCAUUGCUUUGGAGAACAAUUUUAGAUUAUUUGUAAUGUAAGGUCUUGGAUUGCCUGUGAAAUUGCUUUUUUUGAAAUGUAAAUGAGAGUAAUGGAAUGAAAUGAAACUUCUCUGUAAAACUUCUUGGUAAUAAUAGACAUGUCCUGGAUUCAUCAAUUUCAUGAGAACUUUUCUUAGUAUAGAGAAACUAUGUAAUAAUGCGCAAAAAUGAAAGUUCUUACAACUGAAAUGUGAAUUGCACAGUAUUACAUUUUUGAAUUGAAAAUUUAAAUUUAUUCCAUAAGGAACAUUUUUCAGAAACGACAAAAAAAGUAGUUCUGUCAAUUUGUCAAUGUCAGCAUAUCUAGUGAUAUAGGAUAUAAUAACUGUAAAAUUCGGAAAUUUUUGUAAAAAUAAUGGUGUGCAUGAAGAUUAUAAACUGUGUCUCUAAAUGAAGAAUUCUUAUUGUGUUUGUUAAAUGCCUUGUAUAUUAACACAAUAUCUUUUCUGCUUCUGCAGUGUUAAAAUACUGUACGUGUACAUAAAUUGGCAUAUUCAAAAUUUAGCACAAUCACUUGGUAUGGAGUUGUUGGCAAAAUCAUUAUUUAGCGCUAUACACGUCCAUGCUGAAUAUUGUAUUUAUAAAUGAUUUCUUAGCAGUAUCCAUGAAUUAGCGCAUUUUGUCUUCGCCAAAGCCGCUAAAGUAUGAAGCCCGCUUUUUUUAAGUACACAUACAGUAUUUAGAGGUACAUUUCACCCUUUACUCUCAGAACAUUUGAUAGUACCAUUCUGAGUGUAGUAGUGGGAAAAAAAGGAAACCUUUGACAUCCAAAGAAAUUGUUUAUAGUGUGCAAAAAUUUAUAGAAUAGGCACUCAAGUUCUUGAAAAUGUAGUUGUUGAAAUCAUUGUUACCUUUAUAAGAUUUUCAGAUUUCAAUCAAAAAUGUGUAAUUGACCUAUUCCAAGUGUAAUUUUUUUGGUCUUGUGUAUCUGGUAAUGCUAAAAUUACAUAUCAGUACAGGAUGGGAAUAUUUAUAAUUUAGGUUUACCGUUACAUUCUGGACAUUACACAACUCAUAACCUAUGUAUAUUCAUCUAUGUUUAAAUAUGUUGCAGUAUGGGGACCAGUUGCUCUGUGUGAAUUUUUUAAUGGCAGUGAAUGUUAAAAGGUAUGCCAGGUAGACUGGGAGGAUAUUCUGUGUAUUUAUUUACAAGUGCUUGUAAUUUGUAGGUUGCAUUCCAUUAUCUUCAAUGAUUUUUGACAGACAUUAUACAUGUACUGCAAUAUGUAUUAAAACUUUGAGUUGAUAUUGGUUAAAUACUUGCACCUAAAAUCUGUAAUGCUAUGACAUGUAGUCGAUCAGUUUGUAAAUAAGUACAUGUAUUAUAGCUUACUAGUAUAUAGAGUGGUGACGCAAAUUCAGUUCCCUGUAAUUGCCUAUUUCAUUAAGUUAAAAAGAUGCACUUUUGUUAAUAACCAUUUAUAUUCAAUAAGUAUAAAGAAUAUACUUUUUGUGAAUUCCAUAUGUAUUUUCUUCUCAUUUUUAAGUUCAAUAAAGUAUAACAAAAUUUG